GCUCCUUCCCAUGCCUCCCUGCUGCAAUCUCUCCUCCUGCCAGUGCCACCUCAGCUGGCUUCAGGCCUCUGCCCACAGAGCAGUUCGUGGCAUUAAGGCUAUCCUGGUGCCCUUGGAAGCCCAGAGAGACUUCGGCUCGAGACCCAGACCCUCAAGGCUUCUGAUUCUAGCUCUGCAAGUUGUGGACCAUCUGUGCCUCAUCGUGAUCACCUGUAAAAUGGGCUGAUGAUGUGAGCAUUGCAAGUGAGAGAAACUCACCUCAAACUAGCGGCUGCCUUACCAACUGACUAGGAAGUUAGGGGGUUGAACUGGCUCCAGUGUGAAUGGAUCUACAGCUGUGCUGUCAACAAGGCGGCUACUAGCCACGUGCGGCUAUUGAGCCCUUGAAGCGUGGCCAGUUCAAACUGAGAUGUGUUGAUUGGAACAUCAAUUAACAUCUGACCACUGCCAACCUACCAUAUCUCUGGGCUCCAGAGAGGAAGCAGAUCUUGGGGCACAUUAUGAUUUCAUCGUUCUUAGUACUGGCCAUUGGCGCCUGCCUUACCAACUCCUUAGUGCCAGAGAAAGAAAAAGACCCCAAUUACUGGCGAGUCCAGGCUCAGCAGACCCUGAAAAAUGCCCUUGAACUUCAGAAUCUCAACACCAACGUGGCUAAGAAUGUCAUCAUGUUCCUGGGAGAUGGGAUGGGCGUCUCCACGGUGACAGCCGCCCGCAUCCUCAAGGGUCAGCUCCACCACAAGCCCGGGGAGGAGACCAGGCUGGAGAUGGACAAGUUCCCCUUUGUGGCCCUUUCCAAGACAUACAACACCAACGCUCAGGUCCCGGACAGUGCGGGCACUGCCACAGCCUACUUGUGUGGGGUAAAGGCCAACGAGGGCACCGUGGGGGUGAGUGCAGCAACUGAGCGCUCCCAGUGUAACACCACUCAGGGAAAUGAGGUCACCUCCAUCUUGCGCUGGGCCAAGGAUGCUGGCAAGUCUGUGGGCAUUGUGACCACCACCAGAGUGAACCAUGCCACUCCCAGUGCUGCCUACGCCCACUCUGCUGACCGGGACUGGUACUCAGACAACGAGAUGCCCCCAGAGGCCCUGAGCCAGGGCUGCAAGGAUAUUGCCUACCAGCUCAUGCACAACAUCAAGGACAUUGAGGUGAUCAUGGGAGGUGGCCGGAAGUAUAUGUUCCCCAAGAACAGAACCGAUGUGGAGUACGAGAUGGACGAGAAGGCCAGGGGCACGAGGCUAGACGGCCUGAACCUCAUCGACGUCUGGAAGACCUUCAAACCGAGACACAAGCACUCCCACUAUGUCUGGAACCGCACAGAGCUCCUGACCCUCGACCCCCAUGCCGUGGACUACCUCUUGGGUCUUUUCGAGCCAGGGGACAUGCAGUACGAGCUGAACAGGAACAACGUGACUGACCCGUCACUGUCCGAGAUGGUGCAGGUGGCCAUCAGGAUCCUGAAGAAGAACCCCAAAGGCUUCUUCUUGCUGGUGGAAGGAGGCAGGAUUGACCAUGGGCACCAUGAGGGCAAAGCCAAGCAGGCCCUGCACGAGGCAGUAGAGAUGGACCAGGCCAUCGGCCAGGCGGGCACUAUGACCUCUCUGGAAGACACACUGACCGUGGUCACUGCUGACCACUCCCACGUCUUCACCUUCGGUGGCUAUACCCCCCGUGGCAACUCCAUUUUUGGUCUGGCCCCCAUGGUGAGCGACACGGACAAGAAGCCCUUCACUGCCAUCCUGUACGGCAACGGGCCUGGCUACAAGGUGGUGGGCGGUGAGCGAGAGAACGUCUCCAUGGUGGACUAUGCUCACGACAACUACCAGGCUCAGUCGGCUGUGCCCCUGCGCCAUGAGACGCACGGCGGGGAGGAUGUAGCAGUCUUCGCCAAGGGCCCCAUGGCACACCUGCUGCAUGGCGUGCACGAGCAGAACUACAUCCCCCACGUGAUGGCUUACGCAGCCUGCAUUGGUGCCAACCACAACCACUGUGCCCUGGACAACUCGGCGGGCAGCCCCUCUCCAGGCCCCCUGCUGCUCCUGCUGGCCCUGCUCCCUGUGAGCAUCCUGUUCUGAGGGCCCGAGGCCCAGGCAUACACCAGCCCAUGACAAAUGGCCAGCCUCUCCUCCCCACCCAGGGCUGCCCUCCUGCCCAGCAGCCCACACCUCAAGGGGCAGGGAGGCAGAGGCCUAUGCAGACUCCACAGCUGCCAGAAGGGGACCCAGGAAACCAAAGUCUGCCGCCUGCCUGGCUUCUCUCUGGAAUCCUCCACUGGGGCCAGACCAACUCCUGGCCCUGACCUCUGCUCCCUCCCCACUGCCCCUUUGGCCAACAGGGUAGUUUUCUCUUGGGCAGGCAGAAAGCACAGACUGAAGAAUUCUCAAAGCAUCUUAUUUUUCUAGCAAACUUACUUUCCCAGGCCUGGAGGCCCUGAACCCUCCAUGGAACAUUCCGGAUCCGAUGCACUCAUUCCCAUCUCCUUCUCCCUGGAAUCCACCAGGUCCCAUCAUGCUUAUGUCCCUGCCCCCAAGCCUAGCCCUGCUUCAGGGGAAACUAUGUCCCUCUCCUCAGGACGGAGUUUGCUCACUCAUUCAUUCCAAGGCCAUUUGGGGUUUGGUUCCCAGGAAGUCAUCUCCUGAGACUGGUCCCCAAGUCUGGGUGGCCCGGGCUGGGAAGAGCAGGCCUGGUAGAACAGACACUUCUCAGCACCCAGCAUGCAUGCCAGCUCCUCUCUGAAGUAACUCUCCUGUUUGGAAGGGCAAAAAAUUUUCUCUUUUUGGUGUUGGUUAAAACGGAACUCAAAACAUUUAAAUAAAACUUUCCAAAUAUUUCUGAAGACA